CGUUCUACAUUCUGAUCCGAGGAUCAGCUGGGGGCAGCAAUAAACAGAAGGAAAAUCUGCAGCGGAAAAUAUAAAGGAAAGGAGGAAAAAGCUGCAGAUGUUAUGAUCUAAAAAAAAUUAGUGUAACAUUUUUACACGAAGAUCUUCUUCUAAGAAGAAAGCCUUUUAUUUUUAUAUUAUGGUGUUUUAACUACCUCACUUGAAGACUAUCUAAAGCUGUGCUUUAAGAAUUUUUGUCGUUUCUAUUGUGUGUGAGAUCUCGUUUACAACUUGAAAAACAUUGCAAAGGCAGGCCUUUGCUCCAAACCAAGUGAAACCUUACAUUUGCACUACUGAAGCCUCUCCACACCUAUUUGUCAAAACCAAGAUCCAGCAAGGGCUUCAAGUUAAGAAACAAAACUUUAAAAAAAAAUCAGUCACAGAAUUGCAUAAAGCAGCAACAGCGAUUCGUAAAAACACAAAUAAGAAAUCAUAAAGGCAGCUAUAGCUUCGUCUUUGUUGAGGACUAAAAAAAAGCACCCGAGUCAUCAACACUUGACAAUACAAGCAGUCAUGUUCCAACGUCUGAGCAACCUGUUGUUUGGCGAAGUAGAGGAGGUGGCAGCUGAGCUGAAGGGACCCAACCCAUGUGUUACGGAGGCAGAUGAGGAGGGAUGGAUGCUUGUCAACCUGCCUGAAGAAUCUGACUGCAUGAUGCAGGCGGAGGCAGGGACAGGAGCCCCACUAAUUGCACAAUCAUGCCCAGAAAGUAACCAAUCAAAUCAUCCAGACGAACAUACAAGGACUGAAUGCCCCGUCCCGCUUCCAAAUGUGCCUCACAAGCGCCGUAGGACACACAAAGGCCGGGCACAAGGUGCAGUAGCGUCAUCAGAAGCCCUUUUUUGUCAAACCGCUAGCCCGUCAAAUUUGGGUACCACUACAUCCGUGACCCCGCCGAGACGGGCCAGACUGUCCACGCCCUCCUCCACCCCGUCAGUUUCCUCUGGAAGUGAGGGUAGGGGCAGUGGGGGUAGCAGUAGGUCAGGCCCAGAGAGAGGCUGCAUGGAUGAGAGUUGGUUUGUCACCCCUCCCCCCUGUUUCACUGCAGAGGGAGCCACAGCGGAGGCCAGCCCGAUGGAGGACCUGCUCAUUGAGCACCCCAGCAUGUCUGUGUACGUUUCCUCCAACAACCUGUCCAUGGUUUCCAACGGCAACCUGUCUGUGGUGGGAGAGGAGAGCAUCGUGAGCCUGGCCAGCAGCGUUAGCAGAGUGGCUGAACCAGCUGCAGUCCCCGCUACCCACGGCGGUAUGCCCACCAGGGUGACCCGUGGAGCUGCAGCCCAGGCUGGGGCGCUUGCCAAGGUCACUCAAGUUGCGAGGGUCCAGCGUAGCAAAGCCCGCAUUGAGCGGCGCCAUCUGGGCCGCAACCGCAUCCACCGCCAAAACCUCACCAGGGAGCAGGUCCCCCGCAACGCAGCCCUCACCAGAAACUCCUUCCUCCACCAGCCCAGCAAGCGCAACGUCUGCCACUAAAACCCCCUGCAACCAGGGGGCAUCGUUUACUCUGAGGGCAUUAGUAGUGCAUAGUCAACUCCAAGACACAUAAGAUUAAAUGUAUCCACCCACUGCAUAUUCACUUUACAUUGUAUAAAAUGAAGCUCAAAUACCACAUACCAGUAGCUAUUUUUUGUUUUGGUCCAAAAAAAGGACUCUACCUGCUAGUUUUAGGACCCAUUCUGUUGAAUUAAACAACGCCCUCUGAGUAGAACUGCUUAGACAUGUAUCAUGCUUGUUGUCCAUUGCAGUAUCCAAACAACCUAAAAUAUAUUUAAGAUAUUUAUACAGGUUUGACUUAGUAACAUAAUAUCUGAAAAAAAAACAACUUUAGCUCUUUUGAUUUUUCCUCCUAUCCUCGUAGAAUAUUCUUUUUUUUCCUUUCACUAUUCCUUGAGGCAUGUUUUAUUAAUUAAAUCGUAUAAUCCCUAAAAUUCUCUUUAAUUUUGAGAUAAUAGUUUGAGGUAUUUAAUAAGAAGUACUUUACCAUUUUACUGGUGGAAACAAUGCAAGACAGAGACAAAUUAUGCCUUGACGAGAAAACAACUCAUCAUGUCUUCUAAGCUUACUUCUUUCACAGGCGAUUAUUGUUUUUAUUCCGUUAAAGGUGGAGGGAAAUACCAUGUGUGACGAGUGUGAGAGUCAAAUCAUUCAACAGGUGUUUUUCUAACAGUCAAGGAAACAUGGGGCAACCUGUUUCAUUAUAGGAAACAUUAUGUGGUGAUAUUUCUCUCAGCUCACUUUUGUAAAGGUCGGGAGCAAGUAGAAGAUGGUGAGAGUAUGAGCAAAACAGACUAAAGAGUAAUUGAAUAAUAAUAAAUUAAGACCAGAUUCAAAGGAAUGCGAUUUACAUGAAAUGGUUUCAGGAAAGUGUUUUGUAACCCUCUGAGCAUAUUAGAAAAUGGCCCUUGUUUUGCAUAGUUCAUUUCUGAAUAAGGCUACAUCAUUUAAUAUGAAAACUAGUUUUGGCCAUAUUUAUGGAGUAGAAAUCCAGAUGAGUUGAAAGGAUGCAGGGCUUGCCUUUGGGUUACAGGGAAUGGCAGGUUACAGUAAGUGUGUAGUGGUAUUGGUGGCAACUCUUUAUUUUGUUUUGUUAGAUUGUUUUCUGCUCAUUUUGUCUUAUGGAUCAUACUAUUAUUUAAUGGUCUCUUGUCUGCAUUGAUUCCACCAAAGAAAGAAAAAGAAAGGAUGUACCUGUUAAACAAAUACGCGCAAAUAACAAAUGACACAACAUAAUGAUCAUUAAAAGUGUGGUCUGUACUCUUAAGAAAUUGUGCCCGGCACACAUUGGUCAUUUUCAUCCAAAAAUGUGUGCCGUGAUCUUUUUAAUUUGAACACCAAAAAGUAAGUAUGACCUUUUCAUACAUCAACCUCUCUCUCUCUCUCUCUGAAAAGCACUGAUACCUGUUGGGACAAAAAAAAAAGGACAAAAGUCUCCUCAAAGCCCACCAACACCCAUUCCCCAUACGAGCACACUGAAAAACGAUCAUCUUAACACAGAUGUGCUACCUCCACUUACUCCAUGACUUUCUGUCCUAUUUCACCAUCCCACCCAGCACUAACAGUGUCCACUAGAGAUCUAGCUUACUGAUGUGUAUUCAACAACAAUAGUAAACAAUGGUGCUGAAGUGUAUACUAAUGUUUGUAAAUUAUAUGAGACAUGGAUGUAAGUUUGCACUGUCAUACUUUUUGUGAGUUAAAGUUUUAGCUGUGUGCCGUGUGCUUGUUUUUUUUUUUUUUUUGGUGUGAUAUAUUUCUUUCUUUUUGUUUUGAUUCCGAUUGUGUGUGAGAAGGUGUACUAACAUGGUAAAUGAUAGAAACUCCUUAAAAAACUGAGUAAUUCUUGUUUAUUUGUCUUGUAUAUAUUUAUAUAUAUAUAUAUUACAAAACAAUUCACAACGCUCCAGUAGAUGUCGAAGCCUCCCUCAGGACUAGAGUCCAAAACGUUGUGUCUUGAAUGAUAUAGGACAAACAAGAACUAUCUCUCUCUCUCUCUCUGCCUCACCUCUGUGCUCAUUAUCAAAUCAAGAGGGCAUUUCAGAGGGCAAAAGUGGCAUCUCUGUUCCAACUUCAGUCUCAUCACUUUUGAGAUGCACUAUAAAAAGAGCACUGGACUCAAAGUUGAUGUGCCAUGGGCAAAUACUGCUCUCUAGAGGGUCCAGGUAGCACAGCAUCAGCUGUAUGGACGCUGCUUGUGAGGCUUGAAUGACAGGGUUUUAAUAUGGGGGUUAAUGGUGUCUCAAAGUACAGGCAAAAAAGUUGGGAUUUAUUUUGUAUGGCUUGGGAAUGUCUUGUCUUUUUUAGAUCAUCUAGAUGAUCAGAGAGCUAUACUAUUUCCUCUUGAAUCAUAUACCACAAUUAUUUCAUUUCUGCCAAUAAUCUGAUCAAUAAUUCUUCUAUUUAACAUCUGCCAUUUUCUAUUAAUUUAUGAUGUCAUUAUGAGAAUGUUUGUUUUCUGUAUAAAGAUGACAACUAUGUAUUCUGUUGAUUAUUCUAAAUGAAGCUGAUAGAUCGGAGGUGAUGAAUCUCUCACACACACACACACACACACACACACACACACACACACACACACACACACACACACACCUCUCUAUUUAGGCGCCCCUCCUGCCCAGGCUCUUACUGUUCUGAAUGAUUGUGUCUCUAAGGCUGAAUUGUGUUGCCUGUUGUAAAAUAAAGUGUAAGCAGGGUAGAACUUAAUGAUAGAUCACAGAUGAAGGUGUGUGUGUGUGCAUCCAAAACGUACGACUCCCCCCAGAUACACAUAUUCCACUAUAACAGUGUCCUGUUUUUUCUUCCUUAUUUUUAUUUCUGCACUGUCUUUUAAAAAGGAAGUGUGUGCUUUGUUUUGUGUGAAUAUUGAAUGGUUUGGUAUAUGACUGAAUGUGACACAACACUGGGGAGAGGGAAUAGAGUCUGGUGAGCUUAAAUGAUGUGAACAGUGAAAGGAAGAGGCAGGAGACAAAUAAAUAAAUAAAUAAAUAUAUAUAUAUAUAUAAAUAUAAAAAAAACAAAAACACAUUUUAAUAUAUCAUUUAAGUAAAAUAGAAUAUGCUUGUAUUUUCCUGUAUUGUUAUUAGAACAGUUGUUCACCAAUAGGGUGUUUUAAAUGAAAGGCGUUGAAUGUCUGGCAAGCUUUUAUGUUUUUUGUGGUGCCCUGAAAUGAUGGCAGCUUUAAACACUUGGGGUUUCGCCCAUGUUACAUCUCAACUAGCACACCCCUCCUCCCAUGCAAAUGAAAUAUAUAGUCAUGUAAAUUUUGGUGUAUCUGAUAUCUAAAGUAUGGUGAUUGUGCCUUUCACUACUUCUGCAUGGUUUUUGUGAUGUACUGAUUUCUCCAUCCCUAAAGGUGGCGGAUGUCCACUGACAGGCAAGACCUAUGCAAAAUAACAGGAUGGGUUUUCCAUCAUCCAUUCAGAAUAUACAGGUACCCGCCAAAAAACAAACAAAAAACAACAACAACAAUAAAUACUCAGGUUAA